GCCUAUGAUCGCUAUGUCGCCAUCUGCAGUCCCCUGCUCUACAAUGUCAUCAUGUCCCCUCGGGUCUGUUCUCUGCUGGUGGCUGCUGUCUUCUCCAUAGGUUUUACCCUUUCCAUGGUUUAUGAAGUUUUUUUGUUACAGUUGGAUUUCUGCGGAUCAAAUAUCAUUACGCAUUAUUACUGUGACAUCAUUCCCCUCAUGAAAGUCUCCUGUUCCAGCACGUAUAUUGAUGAACUUUUGAUUUUUGUCAUUGGGGGAUUUAACAUGGUAGCUACCAGCCUGACAAUCAUCAUUUCCUACGUUUUCAUCCUCUCCAGCAUCCUCCACAUCCAGUCUAAAGAGGGCAGGUCCAAGGCUUUCAGCACCUGUGGCUCUCACUUGACAGCUGUUCUUAUUUUCUAUGGGUCUCUCAUGUUCAUGUAUCUCAAACCUGCUUCCAGCAGCUCAGCCACCCAGGAGAAAGUGACAUCUGUAUUUUACACCAUUGUGAUUCCCAUGUUGAACCCCCUGAUUUAUAGUUUAAGGAAUAAGGAAGUGCAAAAUGCACUGAUGAAGCUCUUAAAGAGAAAAAUAUCAUCAUGA